AUGCCAACCCCAAAGAUAAAUUUCAUGGAAGAGCAGUUCAACUCCGCUUUGAGUUUGUGGCCGACCCCCAGAGUUCCUCCAACGGAAUUGGAAAAUUCCCUCAAAGCAUCAGAUCAUCAAUCUCAUCCUCUGGCACACUUAACAUCGAAGGAUUUCGAGGUCAAUCACAUUUCUCCGGUCCCACCAUCCCCUCCUUUGGAAAGUAUGUUACUUAAUUGGGAAAAGGAUUCGACCCAAGUCAAUCAGGUCCAAGGCAAGCCUUUUGAAUGUGGUGUAGGUACCUCUUCCAAUCCAUUUGAUACUCUUAUUCAGGAUCCUAAUAUCUCCACUCCAGUCCAUGACGAAAUCGAGAAGGACCACUCCAGGUUGGCUCAAAGGCCUGAUAUCGAUGUGGAUUUGACCAAUAGAAUAGUCCAAAGCAUUCAAAGGACUAUGAUUCAUCAAGAUGGCGCUAUUCGAAGCAAUGAAGUACCCUUGAGCGAGCCAGUGAAUGAAGUUAUCAACAGGUCGCCUUUAAGAGAAUCAAAGAAGAGAUCAACUGCUGAAUGUUCGAGUCUGAAUGAUCAGGUAGAUGGAGAGAUUCUUGAAAAUUCUUUCAUUGUGGGAUACAACACAAUAUUCCUGCUCAAGCACCAUUAUGAUAUUUUUUAUAUAAGAGCCCAUUCAGAAAUUUACAUCAAACUGGGUAACGCUGCCCGUCAAUGUAUUGUCCCUCAUCCAUAUCUACCGAUUGGAAUAUAUCCAGGAAAAGAGACUCCUGCGGUCAUCCGAGUGUUAAACGAUUCGACAAAUAAACCUAUGGAUGCCACUCAAAUGUUGUGCCCACGCUACUAUGUCUUGAUCAAAUGGAUCUAUUUCCUCCAUGAAGAAUGGCUGAAUAAUUUCAAGAUCCCAACAUUCAUGUAUAGGGUUUUGCAAGAAAGACUGUUGAACUGGUUAGACUUUGAAAUAUGUGGAUCUGAUGAUCAAAAUUUUCCAAUAAUUGGCACCAAACGCUUGGAAAAAUUGGAAUGGAACAAAGAUCAUCAAUUCCGCGACACUCAGAUCAAAUUGAUUUUUUACUUUUCCCAAACUGAUAAAAGCAGUACUGUAUUUGACACUGCUGCCUACCUGUUGGAAGCCUUCAAAGCUGAGAAUUCACGUGAGUUUCAUUUUCCUUGA